GCUGCGGCAGCAUUCUACACGAAGUUCCUCUCCGUAGCAUCGCUGGAAGACCAGCCCCUGGCCAUUCGGCACUUCCGUGUUCGGCGAUGCUGCAACGAGAAGUUUAUGAUGCCCCAGUUCAGCAGUGCGGAGGGAUUCCAGAUCGAGGGAUCAGACCUGACGAAGUUGCUCCUCGAGCAGGCCGCGAUCGGGAUCUCGACGCAACUGGGCGGACGUCUGAAGCUCGGAUCGGCGCCUGUGGGCCACCUCGAGCAAAUGGCCCAGAAGUUACUGGAUCGUACGAAGAAGGGGACUAGCGCAGGGAGCAAGCAGCGGUGA